GUUCUGCACAGAAGAAGUCGGGCUCGUCCGAGGCCCCGUCAAUGACAGGACAGCCCGGCCCUGGCCACGGGAAGAAGCUGGGUCAUCGAGGCGUAGAUGCCUCUGGAGAGACCACCUACAAGAAGACCACCUCCUCCACGCUGAAGGGGGCCAUCCAGCUGGGCAUCGGCUACACCGUGGGCAACCUGAGCUCCAAGCCCGAGCGGGAUGUGCUCAUGCAGGACUUCUACGUGGUGGAGAGCAUCUUCUUCCCCAGUGAAGGCAGCAACCUCACCCCCGCCCACCACUUCCAGGACUUCCGGUUCAAGACCUACGCGCCCGUGGCCUUCCGCUACUUCCGGGAGCUCUUUGGGAUCCGGCCCGACGACUACUUGUACUCCCUGUGCAACGAGCCUCUCAUUGAGCUGUCCAACCCGGGCGCCAGCGGCUCCCUGUUCUACGUCACCAGUGACGACGAGUUCAUCAUCAAGACCGUCAUGCACAAGGAGGCCGAGUUCCUGCAGAAGCUGCUGCCCGGCUACUACAUGAACCUGAACCAGAACCCGCGGACGCUGCUGCCCAAGUUCUACGGGCUGUACUGCGUGCAGUCGGGGGGCAAGAACAUCCGCGUGGUGGUCAUGAACAAUGUGCUGCCGCGCGUGGUCAAGAUGCACCUCAAGUUCGACCUCAAGGGCUCCACGUACAAGCGGCGGGCCAGCAGGAAGGAGAAGGAGAAGAGCGCGCCCACCUACAAGGACCUGGACUUCAUGCAGGACAUGCCCGAGGGGCUGCUGCUGGACACCGACACCUUCAGCGCCCUGGUCAAGACGCUGCAGCGGGACUGCUUGGUGCUGGAGAGCUUCAAGAUCAUGGACUACAGCCUGCUGCUCGGCGUGCACAACAUCGACCAGCAGGAGCGGGAGCGGCAGGCCGAGGGCGCCCAGGGCAGCGCGGACGAGAAGCGGCCCGUGGGCCAGAAGGCGCUGUACUCCACGGCCAUGGAGUCCAUCCAGGGCGGGGCUGCCCGCGGCGAGGCCAUCGAGAUGGAUGACACGAUGGGCGGCAUCCCUGCCGUGAAUGGCCGCGGGGAGCGGCUGCUGCUGCACGUGGGCAUCAUCGACAUCCUGCAGUCCUACAGGUUCAUCAAGAAGCUGGAGCACACCUGGAAGGCCCUGGUCCACGACGGGGACACGGUGUCCGUCCACCGCCCCAGCUUCUACGCAGAGCGCUUCUUCAAGUUCAUGAGCAACACCGUCUUUCGGAAGAACUCCUCUCUCAAGUCUUCACCUUCCAAGAAGGGCCGAGGGGCCUUGCUGGCCGUGAAGCCCCUGGGGCCCAGUGCCGCCUUCUCCGCCAGCCAGAUCCCCAGUGAGCGGGAGGACGGGCAGUAUGACCUGCGGGGCGCCCGCAGCUACCCCACGCUGGAGGACGAAGGUCGGCCUGACCUCCUGCCCUGCACGCCACCCUCUUUUGAGGAGGCCACCACAGCCUCCAUCGCCACGACCCUGUCAUCCACCUCCCUCUCCAUCCCUGAGCGGUCCCCCUCCGAGUCCUCGGAGCAGCCUCGGUACAGGCGGCGCACGCAGUCCUCUGGACAGGAUGGCCGGCCCCAGCAGGAGCCGCACGUGGAGGAGGACCUGCAGCAGAUCACGGUGCAGGUGGAGCCUGCGUGCGGCGUGGAGAUGGCGGUCCCCAAGGAGGAGGACGCGGGGGUGGAGGCCUCCUUGGCCGGUGCAUCUGCCACCACCGUGGAGGUGGAGACGGCCAGCCAGGCCUCGGAGCCCGCCAGCCAGGCCUCGGACGAGGAGGACACGCCUGCGGCGGACAUCUACUUCUUCACCGAUGGGAGGUACUGGAUUUACUCUCCCCGCCAUCGCCGACUGCGGGCCGUGAUGCCGAGCCCCUCGGGGACUCCCACCGACGAGAGGAGCUGGGUGUACUCCCCGCUUCACUAUAGCGCGCAGGCCCAGCCCGCCCCCGAUGGCGGCGGCGGCGGCAGCGGCAACAACACAUAAUCUCUAUGCAGCCCCCAACCUGGAGCCGAGCGCCCAGAGCGCCCACGCCGCGUGCUGCUCAGAGGCGUCACCUACCCCCGAGGCCUGGAGCCCGGAGACCUGGCCCAACCUCAUCCUCCUUCGUCCUCCGGGGACACUGAUGGCCGAGCCCCUCCCCACCCCGACAGCUCUGGGCCACCUGGCGACCUGGGGCGUGGCGCCUGGCGACCAGCUGCGCCCACAGGACGACGACCCCCAGAGCGUCACCGUGUAUUUAUUUUGGUCCUCGCUCCGCACAGGACGGAAGCACCUGCGUGCUUUUUUAGAGAAAAAAAAAAAGAAACAGGAAGAGACUCCACCGCUGCUCUGCGGCCCAUGUGCUGGCCCGUCUGCCACUCCAGGGACCGGCCCAGCUGCCCAGAGCCCACACUCCAUCUCAGCCCGGCGGCCUGGGAGGAGACCCGUGGCUGAGAGGGCAAAGGCCACUGUCUCUGAGGUCCUGAGGCCACCCGUCCUCACCUGGAAGCAGGAUCCCCCUCCCUCGGCCCAGGUGGGGGCCCUUGCGAGGCACGACAUCCCUCAGCAGUGGCCUUCACACCUGUCUCCAGCCACUAGGAGGGACGGCCCGAGACUGGGCAUCCAGCAAGGAGGUGGCAACCCAGACCUGGCACUGGGCGCCCCUACAGCUGCUCCCUCCUGGCGGAGCCCAGGGCCGGGGCCAGGUGGAGGGGGGACUGGCUGUCCCUGCCCAGCUCACUGGUGCCAGUGGAGAGGACCCCCUGGGGACACACCCCUUCAAAGCAGUGUCCAGCUUUGGGAGGAGAGGCGGCCAGACCUCCGGUCACUGGGCACCACGGCUGGCAUCCCAGUGGGGGCCAGGCUGUGCUCAGGCCUGCGUGGCGCGUCGGGGCAAUGUGCCCCAGGGGGGUGACCCUCUUCAGGGAUGGCCAUGCCUGUCUCCACUGGUCAUCUCCAGCAGGGACACCUGCUCCUAGGGGGACAGUGACCCCAGAGCCCCAUUGGGCAGUCACCUGGGCCCUGCUGUGUCUAGAGGGGCAGGUUGGAGCCACCACUGCCUCCCACAGGACCCCUGGAGGGGCGUGUUGGGGUGGCAGGGCCUCAGUGGGCACAGGGGGAGUGGACCUGCAGCAGAGGCCGCUCUGGCCCUCGCAGGGCAGAACGGCACAGGGACCAGUCCACCCGGGAAUGCGAAAGCCUGACCCAUCGCCUUGUGCCUCCCUGGCUGCUGCUCAGGCCCUCCCGGUCCCCCCUGCAGCAACGGCAGGGCCCCGGUCAUCUCACGACCCUCACCUGGCGGCUGAUGCAGGGGCUCAGAGACCCCAUCAGGAGGGGCCUAUCUGGGGUCCCCAGGACCCGCCUGUCUCUGCCCAAGGAGGGUUUGUUCAGACAGAGCGUCCUUGGCCCUGUGUGCUGUCCCUGACGGUCCCUGCCCUUCCUCGUGAAGGACACCCAGCAGAGAUCGCAAGGGGCAUUUAGGAUCUGGGUGACUCGCAGGCACAGCUGCGUUGUCACUGCACCUGGGUCCCCGGGGCCUGGCGCCGGGAACAGGAGCCGUGGGCACCACCCCUCGUGCAGCCGUGCCGUCCAGGGUGACUUGGCAAGACAGGGAGUGGCUGCUGCAGCCCCUUGGGCCUGGGGAUCAGAGGCCACGGGUGCUGGUGCGGCCACAGCAGGAGAGACUCAGAAGACCCCAUGGACGUCACAGAGUUCCAUUUUUGUGUUAAGUGUCACAAAGAACCCCUUGGAGAUCUGUGUGGUGUGGUGUUUUUUUCCUUUUGGGGACUGUCAAGCGGAUGUUAAAGAGCCCCUCUGAGCUUGUCAAGAGCCAUGUUUGCUUACGAUUUGGGGGGCUGGGGAGCAAAGGCCUGUUUCUGAUGCUGGGUGCACUCCUGGCCUCCUCAGACUCCCCGAGAGGGAGGCACUGGGCUCACCGGCCGCCUCCCCUCCCAGGAGGUCUGUGAAUACUGUCGUGAUCUGCUGCCCGGCUCGGCCUCUGAUGGCUACUACUGCUGCGGCUGUGUCUGGUGUCCGGAUGCAGCUGUGAAUCCUAAAGAACUCGGAGGCCGACAGGGUGGAGACUCCCACAAGUCCUCUUCCAGCCUCUGUCCUUCUAAGCCAUUCCAAUGCGUCCCUGUGCACCCCACACCUGGCUCAGUGCAAUACUCCUGUCCCCAUGGGGUCCCAUGCCAUGGUACUCUCGCCGCAGCCCCUCGGUCCCCACCCCAGGACAACACCCCCCCUUUUUCUCUGGUGGUUGAAAACUGCGUCCCCUGACCCUGCCCCGUCUUGUUUCUAUGGCCGAGCCAAUUCCAAAACAACUGCAAACCUUGUGUGUCUUAACUAUCACCGGGGGUUCCUCGUCCUCAGCCCCUGGGGUCUGGUGUGUGACAAUCCAGAGCAUGGCUUCCCCUGGCACUGACAAGGAGGCCGUGUCCCUCCAACCCAGAGCGCGGGGUGCCUCGGACAGUGCGGCUGCUGCUGGCCCCAGAUAGCACUUGUACGCAGCUCGGGCCCCACCCCCACCACUCCCCCCUUUUUAUGUUGAGGAUAUUCUAAUAAAUCGGGUAUAAACAUCGA